AUGGGUUUGUUAGCUGGUGCUGACGCUGCUGCUGGUGCAGCAUCACCAGCAGCAGCAGUAGGAGCCAUAGCAGCGCAACCCGCAGCAGAAGUAGCAGCACCAGCAGCAGCAGCAGCAGCAGCAGCAGCAGAUGACGAUGACCCCGUGGUCGCAGAGGACCUCGUGCUGCUGGACUUUCCCGAGUUUUCGUUCCCCCCUACUCUUAUGCAAAGAAGGCCCGCGCAAGCAGCAGAAGCAGCAGAUGCAGCAGCAACAUCAGAAACAGCAGCAGCAACAGCAGCAGCAACAGCAGCAGAAACUCCAGCAGGAACUGCAGCAGAAACACCAGCGACAUUUUCAGAGGCACAUGAUGAGCAGGCGGAUGUGCGGGGGCCUAGCCAGGCACUAGCCACAGCAGCAACACCAUCAGCAGCAGAAGCUGCUGAUACAACGAAAGCAGCAGCAGCAGCCGCAGCAGCAGCAUUUUUGCGGCAAGAAAAGCUGCAGGUUAAGGUGUGGGGUCUGGAUACCGCCUCCCCGCUGAUGCUGCUGGGGGACUUCCCCUUGAAGGGAGAAUGCGAGACAGAGCGCAUGACGACGACUGCUUUAUUCAGAAUACAGAAGCAGCAGCAGCAGCAGCAGCAGCAGCAGAGUCAAAGGCAGCAGCAGAUGCACACGGGCAGAGACACAGGAGGAGCGGGGGAGGCACAGGCGAAGCUAGAGGGACUUGCUGCGCAAGUCAUAUCGUUCACUGUCGAUGUGACUGCAGCAGCUUCUGCUGCUGCUGCAGCGUCAAAUGCAGCAGAUGCUGCUGUUGCUAAUGGCCCUGCUGCUCUUUGUGGAAGCAUCAGUAACCGGAGCUAA